GUUUAAAACAGUCUCGAUCCCCGUCGUCGUUCAUGUCUUCGACAGUGUCUUUGUUGUGUCUUUCGCUCGUUCAAUUUCUGUCGCUUUCGUGUCUCUCGCUAUGGUUUCCAGAUGUCUGACUGCGAUUUCUGUCGCACUAAUCGCUUUCUCUUCUACAGCACAGGCACAGACCAACUUCACGACGAAUUGGAAUCCGUUGGGUGAGGGAUGCGUGGACUCGGCAGGUUUUCUCUCGUGUUAUGGCGAGCGAGAAACGAAAGCAGAAACUUGCACAAGUGUUUGCGCCCAGAGCAAUACGAAAGGAACUCCAUCGUAUAAUACCUGUGUUGAUGCCUGUAACGAACUAUGGUUGGCGGACAAUAUAGGGUGCUGGAUACAGAGCUGCUGGAAUCAGGUCUACUCCUGCGCGUAUCAACUCACUGCAUUGUCGUAUUUUGAUGGUUCGGGUCUGGCUCAGAAUUCGGAUGUCCCGUUCUAUCCUCCGCCUAAUGAUGCCAGUGCCGGUGCUUGCUCUUGCAAUCUUGGCUACGUCUAUGGAAACCUCUCGGCAGUCUCAACGUCGACUCAGGGCUCUAAUUGCGAAGUAAUUGCAGGUGGAAACAACGCUACUUUCUAUGACUGCGAAUGUUGCGAGCUCUCCUGGCCAAUCUCCAACAUCUUGAACGCUUGUCCUAAAUCCGACCUUUCUGGCAUCAACUUCGAAAACGGAGUCAGUUUCCCAACAUAUAUCACGAGGAUUGCAACACAGCUUACCCCAUCCACCGAUAAAUGCGCCAUCCUAAACAACGGCACCGAGACCUGCAUCAGUGACUAUAAUUUCCCAUACGCCGGGAACACAUCUUACAAUCCUCUCUCAUUACCAGCUGCGGAACCUGGCAAAGAGGCCCUAUCAAACUCAGCCGGAAAUGCUUUCACUGUGUUCCCAUCAGCGUCCAUUAACCUUACCCUAACUAUGGCUCCUUCAUACACGAGCACCAUCACGCCGGCAUCUUUCGGUGCAAGCGCGAGUGCGGACCCCCAGUCGAUCGCUGGGACGUCAAUUAUGGGUGGAACUACGACUUCGAUCUCUUCCACCACAACUACAACGCCGUCAAAUACGGCGACUUCGAGUUCCGCGACGGCUACCUCGACGAAGAAGAGUGCUGGUGUGAAGAUGGGAGGGAAUCUGGGGUUGAUGGCACUUGCUGUGGUGCCAGCUGUUAUUUGCAUAUCGUGAGCGGUUCAUAGUAAUGCUUAAUAUUAAUAUUAAUUUGAGUUUUGAUUCCUAUCUAGUGAAACAAGUGAUAUGGGGCUACAUCAUGACUUGC